UCAGACGUGAUUAGUCAAAGUUGUUUUGUAGAUAUUGUUGUAGAGAGUUAUUCAUAAUUAAUACUGUAUAAAAAUAAAUUCUUACACUUUGUUUAUAAAAAAAUGCGAUAAGAAGUGAUUGUAUUCAAAUUUUAUUUCGAGAUUUGAGUGUGUAAUUGAUAAUAAAUAUUUAAAACGUAGUGAUACAGUAAAACAUUUGUUUAGUGUACUUGUGCAUUGUGGAAAAAUCAACAUGUCUGUAAAAAAUCCCGAACAUGUUGUUAACGAACUUCGCAAUACAUUCAACAGCGGUAAAACCAAAUCUGUUAAUUACAGGAUAAAACAAUUAAAAGCACUUUUAAAUUUAUUGGAUGAAAAUACGGAUUUAAUUGCGGAUGCUUUAGAAAAAGAUUUACGAAAAAACAAAAUCGAAUCUAUUCUAAUGGAAAUAGACGUUGUGAAAAAUGAAAUUAAAUAUUAUUUGAUGCAUAUUCACGACUGGACGAGACCUGAAAAACCUACUAAAGGUUUAGCUAACGUGUUGGAUUCUGUGUAUAUAUUAAAUGAUCCUUAUGGUGUUGUACUUGUAUUAGGAGCUUGGAAUUAUCCUUUACAACUUGCCGUAUCACCGUUCGCCGGAGCUAUUUGUGCUGGAAAUUGUGUUCUACUCAAACCUUCUGAAGUAUCUUCGGCUACUUCGAAAUUUUUGGCAGAGUAUAUACCUAAAUAUUUAGAUAGUGAUUCUUAUAAAGUGUACGAGGGAGGUGUGCCAGAAACUACGGAAUUGUUAAAACAAAGAUUUGAUUAUAUAUUUUACACUGGUUCACCUGGAGUUGGGAAAAUAAUUCUGAAAGCUGCUAGCGAGUUUUUGACUCCUGUCACUUUAGAAUUGGGCGGUAAAAGCCCAGUGUAUUUGGACAAAUCUGCUGAAUUGGACGUCGCUAUAAGGCGAAUAUUGUGGGGAAAAUGUGCUAAUUCAGGUCAAACUUGCGUCGCCCCCGAUUAUCUAUUAUGUUCGAAGGAAUUAGAAGAAAAAAUAAUCCCCAUUGCUAAAAACGUUAUUAAAGAUUUCUUCGGUGAAAAUCCAAAAGAUUCGCCGUUUUAUGGACGAAUAGUAAACGAUAGACACUUCCAACGACUCGCAGCGUUAAUUAAAGGUGCCAAUGUAGGUUGCGGCGGGGACGUGGAUCCAAGUGAAAAGUUUAUAUCGCCAACUAUAUUAACCGGGGUGAAGUCUACGGAUCCCGUUAUGCUAGAAGAAAUAUUCGGUCCAAUAUUGCCGAUUGUUAACGUCCAAAACGCUUACGAAGCCAUCGAAUUUAUCAAUUCUAGAGAAAAACCGCUCGCCCUUUACAUAUUUUCGAAUAAUAAGAAAGAUAUCGAUCAGAUAUUGAAGAAUACGUCUUCGGGUGGUGUUUGUAUUAAUGAUACGAUAAUGCAUAUCGUACCGUUGGGGUUACCUUUCGGGGGUGUGGGUAACAGCGGAAUGGGUAAAUAUCACGGGAAAUAUAGUUUCGAAACGUUCGUUCAUAAAAAGAGCGUUUUGCAGAAGAAUUUGAGUCAGAUUGGUGAGUUAUUGGGUUCUCCUAAAUAUCCACCGUAUACGCAAGGUAAACUUAGAUAUUUGCAAUUGAUGUUGACGCCGGGGAUGGAUAUUAGGGGUAGGUUUAUGUCGCGUUUAUUAACAUUUACAUGCGGUGUCGCUUUCGUUCUUUUGGUGCAAUAUUUUAAGAAUUUUUUCAAGUUUUAAUCCAGUUAUAGUUUAAAUAAAGCUCGUUAUACACUUAA